CCGAGCGUGACGCAGGUAUAAACGCUAGAUCGGACAUCAGUCGGUUUCACACCUUCGCACACACACACACGAUUACCGGUUCACAUUCAGACAUGUUUUUUUUCGGGAGGUAGGAGGAAAACCGGAGAACCCAGGCAGACCCGAGGAGAACAUGAUGACCAGCUGCGCAAAGCAAGAACAUCUGGAAUGUUCCUCACUCUUUCCAUAUGACGUACUGUAUAACAAUUUUUAAUAAAUUACCAGCAUUAAUGAGGAACUUGGGGGGGGUCAAUCAGUAGAGAUUUUCCAAUCCCAUUUCUACUAAGGAAACUGAAUCGCUAGUUUUUCCAAAACAUUAUGGAGCGACAAUUAAAGAACGGGAUGAAACGGGCUGCUGCGCUUCACUGUAUUAAAGAUAUUUGCUGUGCAAAUUGUUUAUUUAUUUAUUUGUUUAUUUAUUUUUAUCCCUCAAAGGCAGGCAGUAGCAGGAGCGUCCGAACGAAGCCGGCUUUGGAUGGAGGAAACCGAGCGGUUGAGAAGAGAGGACCUUAUAUAAUGGCCAAAUCGAUAAACAUGAAACUGCAGAGACCCAGAGAGAUGGCCAGGAGAGUGUUUAAGAAGAAAGGCUUUUCCUCUGGCGGAGCGGUCAUGCAGCAGCCCAGGCAUGCAGCGAAGAAUGUGAAGUUCAAUAAAGGAUACGCAGCACUCAGUCAGAACGCAGAAGAUCCGCUAGUGUCUCUGGAUUCGGACAGUGACGUAGAGCUGGAGUAUUCAUCCGGAUAUUCCUCGGCAGAGAUCCAUCCAGAUCUGAGCCGACAGUUGCUGAAAGACGGAUACCGACUGGACGAGAUCCCAGACGACGAGGACCUGGACCUCAUUCCUCCCAAAGCCAUGGGUUCCUCCAUCUGCUGCUGCUCCUCUGAUGGCCCGUCCUGCUGCCUGCAGUGAACUCUACCGCAGCACUUUUCCUCUCGACAGCACCCGCGCCGCAGGAAGCGAAACCCCCGCCUUUGAGAAGGAAACCGUCGGCGAGGCAAGCGCACGUCCGUGCCACGGCGCCACCCGACGUUCUCCCGCACCGUGUUCCUGCAGCGAUGUCACUAAUCUCAUCCGCAUCCUGUUUUCUCGACAGACGCCCAGAGACGUCCUUAACUUUGCUGCUUUUUUUUUUUUAUAUUGUUGUUGUUGUUGUAAUGCAGUUUUACAGAAAGGUCGCAGCGUGCGAGGGUAGGAAUAGUAUCGAAGCGCAUGUACGUCUCUCCAUGAUCUGUGUACCGCAUCUCUAGCGUAACCAAAUUUCAGUUCUUGUCCGUGUUACCGUACAGAGACAAGACAACCAAGACAACAUUUUACACGAUACGUGCACUUUCCUAGAACACUUUUUUUUUUUUUUUUUUUUUUAAUUUAUUUAUAAAUGUCGAAAAACUCCAAAUCUGUAUAAUUGAUCGUUUCUGAGACGGGACUAGCGUUUCAGAACUGCUGAAAACGAACGUAGCCCAAAGUAAACACAGAAGUGCCUGGGUUUUGAUUUGUUUAUAAAUCCAACAACUCCCUUUUUAGAUUCCUGUGAUAUGUUUUUCAGCACCAGGAAAUAUCCAGAUGUUACAGAGUUAGGGUGAAAAAAAAAGAAAAAGCUAAUUUAAAUGAUUCAAAAUCAUCUUUAGGUUACUAGACUAACCUAUCCACCUGAAGUCCAAACCGUCCUCAUGCCAAACUUCAACCGUGAUUAAUUUUAUUCCGGUUUAAUUCCUGUCUAGUUCGGUCCUUAAACCCGUCAGCGCUCUUUCCUCGACUCGAUUUUCAUUUUCGUGUGAAAUAUAAUCUAAGGCUUUGACCCAGCUGACAUUAUUAACUAUAAUGAAAGAACAGUUGAGGAUGUUUAUUAGGGAUGCACCGAAAUUUUCAGCCAAAAAUAGUCAAAAAUGGAGAACCAGCUGGUGGAUCAGGGUCCGAUCCUCCUCCUCCUCCUCCUCCUAUAAUCCUAUCUCUGAUCCCUGACCCAGACAAUGCUGUUCAACUCAAAACAGCACAUUUAACGCAUUAUCCACUCUGAAAACACUGACUUAUCUCCACCCCCUGGACUAAUAAUUACUUGACGUCCUUAAUCUAAACAAGCCCCUAAUUAGUCAGGUUUGGGAACAGAAGCCCAGGAUGGAGAUCCAGAAUGUCACCAAAAAUUUCGGCACAAAAACAUAACACGAGCUUCGUCCUGGAGGACGUAGCGCUAAAAAACAGGCCGACCCAAUAAUCCCUAACGUACCCGCCCGGAGGUAUCUUACGUUUGUUGCGAUUACUGAUGGUUGUUUUGUCUCGUGUGAAGCUGAGGAACAACUUUCCCACUUCCAGCAUGUUCAUCACACACUUCAAGCUUUGCAUUAGUAUAGGGACAACUUGACCGACGCUUUAAAAUGCUGCGCCGCUCUGACUAACCAGAGAGCCGCCUGGAGAGAGCAGUGUUUACCUUUUGUUUUCUCUUUAGGUUUUAAUUGCAUUACAUGUUACUGAUAUGUGAGGGGAAAAAAACGUAAACCAGCUAUCCUUUUUUUUUUAUAUAUAUAUUUAAACCAUUAGUAUUGUAUUUCGCUGGUUUUGUUUCGUUUUUUUUUUAACUCGGUUUUAUUCAUUGUGUUUUAAUAGUGAAGAGGUUUGUUUCACCGCUCAUCAUGGAAUUUAAAGGUGAGGUUUGCGCUUUUGGGAUUUUGUUUACAUUUUUCAGACCCAGAAAUUAGCUCCGCCCCCAGCUCAUGAGACAAGUCACGAGGAAUACGUGGAAUUUUUAUUAUUAUUAUUAUUAUUAUUAUUUUUAAAUAAACAAGGGUUGGUGUUUGUUAAAGAGAGGACAAGAUUCUGAGAUUCACCUCACAGGCAGCAGAGGGCGCUACAAAUUGCAAACAGCUCCUUUAAAUCCGUUUGAACCAGUGAUCUGUUGAAUCAGACCUGUUCUUGGACUUCAAUCUACAGAAUUUAUUUCUAGCCUGAGUUUCACACAGCUGAUCUGGAGUCUGUGUGUGUGUGUGUGUGUGUGUGUGUGUGUGUGUGUGAGUGUGUGUGGUAAUGUUUUCUGAAACAGAUCGACGAUGACCGGUGCUUGUCCGUCCCCGAGUGUGGUAAAGUAGAUGAUUCUGAACAGGAGGCAGAAGCCUGUGAUAUCGAUCCCACUAACGUCACGUACUAACGCCACCGUGUUUCACUCCACUUCAGAUGCUUGGACCCGUGUGUCGCGUCAGGCUCAUGUUUGGGAGGUUUGUGAAGCGCACAGUAAUUAAACGCCACAGUCUGUCUGUCACCUGCGCGUGCAAAUGGUUUAACAGCAAAAAAAAAAGAAAAGCGUUUUACCGUCAGCCAGCUUGCGAAUGAAAGUAAAUAAACAAAUAAAUAAGUAAAUAAUAGCCAGGACGCACAAUCUGUGGACCAACCUGAACGGGAGGGACGGGCUGGGGGAUGUCGGGAUAUCACUCAUCACAUGCUAACGCCACCAUGUUUCAUGCCACUUCAGGUGCUUGGACCCCCUGCGUCGCAUCAGACUUUCCCUCCGUUAAAAAUUCAGCUUCAGUGAGCUGCACGUUUCAGAAAGUAUUUCAGACUAUAGGAAGAUAAACCGGGACAAGGAGCAGGCUUGUCUCUUAAUUGACCUGUAAGGGACACUCAUUUUUGUUGUCCUUUCACUUUAUACUGGAAAAUAAAAGUAAAAGGAAGAUUUCCUAACGUCCCGUGAAAGGAUAUAAGGGAUUUAUGUUGUGUAGUGUUUUAUGUUAAUAAAGGAAAUGUAUUAAAUAAAUGUUUGUGUGAGGAAAAUAAGAAAGGCACGUGCUUGAGUAGCUAGCUAUGAUGUUAUUUAGUGUGUGUGUGUGUGUGUGUGUGUGUGUGUGUGUGUGUGUGGAUAUAACUGUUGCAGUCGGAGCACCGAGUGCACUUUUCCUCUCCUUCACUAUGCAACUAAUCGGACAAUCUUUUAUUCUUCACCCUCUGAGUAGCAAUUAUUCAUCGUUACUCAGUCUCACACGCAAUAACUUCGCUUUGUUUUCGAUGUCAUUGUGGAAAAACACUCAUUUUUAAAAUUUUGAUCUACACGUAAAAAAAACAACUAUAUAAAGACUUUUGCAACAUUAGUGGAGCGCACCUGUAUAACAUCUGGCUUUUUAUUGUAACUAAAUCGGUAAUCAGUAUUUGAGAUUAAAAUAUGUUUUGAGGUUAUGAGUGUGAGAGUACUUUUCAUUAUGCAACCACUUUCAAGUUCUGUGUUCUGGAAUAAACAUGUCCUUAAAGAAUAAAAAACUUUGGGGGGCGCUGUUGUAGGAAAAUAAUUGACACCCGUGUGUUGCGAUGAAGCCCGGUGACUCGUACCACCCCGAAGCUGAUCGUUUUCCACCGCCGGCACACACGGAAGCGCUUGAUUCCUCUUAUACAACCGGAAUACGUCCAUGAUUACAGAUAUGUAUUUAUUAUAUGUAUGUCCUGCACAGUUUAACUCCUAACCCCAAUUAAAUCUGAAACGGCUAGUCAGGGUCUUGCUAAGCAUACCAGAAACUUCCAGGCAGGUGUGGAGACAAGUUGAAGACUUCAACUUCAGGACCGGGUUUGGACAGCCCUGCUAUAGAUGGUUCAGUUAGAAACGCAGGAAUCAAUCAUAUGGUUUAUUUCUUUAUAAUUGCUACAGAUAUCGUCUUGCCAAUGACUUUAUACUGCUUUCUUUGGACACACUUAGUCUAGAAGGUCCAGUAAAGGCCCUCAGAUGAUCAGCAACAUGUAUUCAUCAUCAAAAGACCAGUCCAGUCGCUUGGAUCCAUUACCUCUAUCGCUGUGUUAUUACAUUGCACCACUAGGUGGCGGAAGUGAGUUAGAAAUGGUUCCAGGUAUUCAAAAUAUGAUCACUUUUUUUUAGGCUUAAUCUUCAGUUUUAAGUCUAGUCUCAUUGUUUUUUUUAAAAUUUAUUAUUAUUAUUAUUAUUAUUAUUAUUAUUAUUAUUAUUAUUAUUAUCUUUCCAGCCUUCUCUCUCCCCCUUCUCUAUUUUCAUCUUUUUAGUUUUAUUUUAGUUUUUAAUUGGAUAUUUAUUCAUCAUAUAAUGUUAUAUUAAAUCUUUUCUUGUAUUAAAUGGUAUAUCGAUUGCCAUUUAUCCUUUAGCUGUUUUGUAUAAUUGUCACUUUGAACUGCUCGUUGUAUGAAAGGUGCUAUAUAAAUAAACACGAUGAUGAUGAUUAUUAUCAUUAUUAUUUUUCUCUUCUUCUUCUUAUUAUUAUCCUGAAGUUGUGUGUGUGCUGUGCCUGUUUCAUGAGCUAUGAAACUGUGCUCUGUCUGUUUCCAAUUAACAAUGCUGUUCAUUUUUAGAUCUAAUUAUACUGUCACGGUGCUUAUUUCCCGAGAUUAUAAUCUGUGAUUAAUAGCAAACAGCAGAUGGAUACCAUUCGCGUCUGCUGGAGCCCAAGACGAACAAACCGUGCCGACUAAAUGCAACACUGAGAUUAAAUGUUCUUGGUGAGAUAUAUAUAUAUAUAAUUUAUUUAUUUAUUUUAAAUAACUCAAUUAAUUUGUUUAUUUAUUUCUUUGUAUGUGCUGUGUGUGGUCUCAUCACUGUUUCCACCUCCUUAUAAAAAUGGAUUCUCAAGGAAGGGUACUCACUUUCUAAAGGGUGUUUAUUUGGAGCUUAUCUUUUUAUUUUUUUUUAAUACUGUAUACAUUACAUAACUAAGUACCAUCAAAUUUAUUUCUUGAAGCCUUUAAAGCUUGUCAUUCCUUAUGUUUGUUUAUUUAUUUAUUUUUUAAAUCCCCAACCUGGUACACUACUUUACAUUUAAAAAAAAUAAUAAUAAUGUUUACAUUCUUUACACUUGAUUUUUGUUCAUUUUAAUUAGAUUUCGAUUAAAGCACUUAAGUUAAAGUAACGAGUCACGUCAUUUUAGAAAGAGAAUGAUUUAAUUACUCUGCCAGCUUUGAUGGAGCUUGCAGUUUGUGUUACUGUAAUGUCACUGUAAAAAAAAAAAAAAUAAAACAUUACUGAC